AUGUCUUCGGAUCAAGAAGUUCCUUCAGAGAACGUUCCCAAGUUUCUCUCUUUUCCUAGCCUCCCUUCGCAGUCUUCUAGUUCGGGUGGAGGACUUGCGCCACAUACUCGUCGUGAAAAACGUCGACAUUACUCCUCUUCUUCCUCUUCCUACUCUUCGGACGAUGAUCGAUAUAAAAGUCGUAAGGAAGAACAUGUACGGAAAGACAGAUCGAGAUCGAAAGGAAGAAAAAACCGCAGUCGGGAACGACGUAAAGAUAAAUCCGAUCGAAAACGAAAGGAUAAAAAGCAUAGGAAAGAAGAUAAAGACAAGACUCGAAAGAAGCCCACUGACAUUUCUCGAUCUGAGAGAUUUUCUUUAGAUACUGGAACCUAUUUUAUUGAUCGAAGAGGAGACACGAAUAAUCUUGUUUAUGGUGGUACUUACAAGUAUGAAGUACCACGAUACCGUCGUUCUGGAGGAGGGAAAGUUCUUGGCUUGCCUCCAAACUAUAGAAUAAGUCGUAAGAGGCACGAAGGUUCUGCCGAGAUUAUCGAAGAUAUUUACUACUCAAAGAAAGAUAAGAAAAAUACGCGGUAUAUGCAUCAAAUACUAGCACCAAUGGAUAAUGGGCGUGAAACAGAAAGACUUCCAAUACGGAAAUCACACGAUCCCACACCAUUCUGGAUUAAUGAUUUUGUUCCACUGGAUGAUGAUGAAGAUACUAAGCAGACAGAAGACAGUAUCCUCCCGGAUUACCGAGAUAUUACAUUGGGAACAAAAUCUAACGAUGGAGAUACAAAUGUGCUAUUUACUGAAGUCGAAGAAAUUGCGCCUCAGGACAAGUUGGUCCGCCAAAAGAUCAAAGAAUAUACGCUGCAAUUGGCAGAACAUUCUCAAGACGUUGAUUUAUGGAUUGAGUUUAUCGAAUUCCAAGAUAAGGCAAUGCAGAUAGGCAAGAAGUUAACAUCUAGUGCCACGGCUUCUAGUAUCAAUGAAGUCAAACUCAGUAUUUAUGAAAAAGCUCUAACUGCUAAUCCCGGUAAUGAGAAGUUAUUGCUGGGCUAUCUCAAGUGUGCUGAGAGAUUAUGGAAGACACCAGAACUGCUUGGAAAAUGGGAUGAAGUCAUGGCAACAAAUUCACAGUCAGUGUCUUUAUGGAUGGAGUACAUUGACUUUAGACAGACACUUCUCAGUGGGUUCACGGUGAAGAAUUGUGAAGAUGCUUACGCCCAUUGUAUUGCUGUGCUGAAACAACAACUACACGAAGACCCUGAACGCAUUGAGCUGGCUUUGUUACGCGUCUUUAUGCGUGUCUGCUUUUUCCUAAGAGAUUCAGGAUUUACUGAAAAGGCAUAUGCUUGUUGGCAAGCAAUGAUGGAAAUAACCUUUUUUGCACCCAAAGAAUUACACUCAUCUAAUUUUGAAGAUAUCAUAGAGGCACUGGAAGAAUUUUGGGGAAGUGAGAAGCCACGUUUUGGAGAGAAGGGCGCAAAGGGAUGGUCGUUUUAUCACAACGGCGAGGAUUCGACAAUCUUACCACAAACAACUUCAUCAAUAAAUCUCGAGUCUCUUCCUUCAUCUGAAGACAAAUUCACGUCGUGGCUUCAUCAGGAGCGAGCACUCGAUAGCGUAUAUCGUUAUUCUUUGCGUACUGACGACCUUCUUGCCGACGCGGAUGCCUCUGCCGAGGAUCCUUUUCGACUAGUCCUAUUUGAUGAUAUACGGAAUUAUAUUUUCCCCGUCAGAACGCAGACAGCAAUGACGCAACUGAUAUAUGGAUGCUUCAAUUAUCUUGGUCUGAAUUUCAAUCCUUGUAUUGUUUCAAAGCACAGUCUCUUUACGGACUCUUUUUUGCAUUACGAAGCGGGACAUGAGAUUAUAAUGAAGAACAAAUUCUUUCAUGCUUUGGGCGAGCCGGAUGAUGAGGAUGCUGCGGUUGGAACGAUGGACAACAAGACAAAAGAAAGGGGUGGUCUGGGAUGGAAAUAUUUGGAUUUCCCAAUAAAAGCUUUCCCUCAGCAAGUUGAUAACUUAUUUAAUAAUGGGAAGUGGUUUGCUAUGUACGAUGAUUUGGAUAUAAGUAAUGCGGAUGUGGAAUUUGCCGGAGAAGCUUUUGUGCAACUGAAAAAUAUUGCAAAGAACAUUGGAGUGCAUGUCUGGAAUUUGGUGCCACCUCACUUUAUUAGUGGCUCUGAAGGAGUAAAGUCUGCGAAAGAGCUAUUAAAUACUGAUCGUUCAAAUUUAUUGCUAUGGAACUGGUAUGCGCAACUUGAAAAAUCCCGAGGAAAUAUCGACAAAGCCCGUGAAAUAUAUAAGACUGCAAUUGUCAUGGGGCGUUCCUAUGGCAAAGAAUACGAAAUCGAUGCUCCUUUCCUUUAUCGCAUGUUUGCUGAAUUAGAAAUAGAACAGGGAGAGAGAACUGCUGCCCUAAACAUCCUUCAAUUGCAAAGCGAAGAAGCUAUAUUCACUACUAGUUUUGAUACGAUAUUGACAAAUGCACCAAACAUGGUUAAGUUGUUGAAGGCUCGAAGAUCUUAUGAACAACAAAUGGAACAGUUGGCAUCACUCUCAACAUUAACAGACGCGCGAGUACAAUUGGAGCGCUGCUGCUGCUUUGCUUUGAUGCAAUACCUUAAUUCAGGAUUGGAAAAAGCGUGUGAAGUAUUUGACCGUCUAAUAAGCUUAUUCGAAACUUUAGGGGAAUUAGAUAGCGUUAACUGCGAGUUGACGUACAUUGCAUAUCCUUUAUUGAAUUUAUUGGUUGUUACCAAGACCAAUGAGGAAAGAUCUAAAAUUGCCGGACGCGUUAGGUCUCAGCUGGACAUAGCACUUGCAAGCAAACCUAAUCACGUGUUAUGGACUUUUGCUUUGUAUGCGGAGAUGCGUCGACAUCAAAAUUAUAACGUAAAUUUUAUCCGUUCGCUAUUUGAACGCGCUGCUGAAUGUCCAAAAUCACGGCAUUCUGUAGCCAUUUGGAGUUUAUAUAUUAAUUUCGAAAAGCAUAUCGGGGAUUUGGAGAGAGCAAAAGCUAUUUAUUUCCGUGCUUUACGCGAAUGUCCUUGGGCCAAAAGUCUGAUAUUAGAAGCAUUUACCAUGCCAUCAAUGACAGAUACUGAAAAAGAAUCCGUGAUGGGUUUAAUGAUGUCUACAGGAAUGCGCUUACGUGUUUCCUUUGAUGAUUACGAAUAG